AUGGAAACUCAAGAAGAAGAACCACCACCAAGUAGAGCUGGAUUGGAUCAAUCCGAUGAUGAAAAGUCAUUGGGUCACUCUGAUGAUGAAAAGUCAAUGGCUCUGUCAAUGCAUGUGAUUGAUUGCAAGCCAGUAAUAGUAGACGAUGUCACCCCAUUGAAAAUCUGCAACCCAAACUUGCGCAGAUCGUCAAGAAAUACUAAUAAUAUCUACAGUAGUGGUUUUGCUGGGAAAGAGGAAGGAGUUAUUGUGAAUGGGCUUUUGGAAAAUGGGAGAAUGGGAGAAAAUGGGAAGAAUUCGAGCGAGUUGGGAAAAGGGGUUCCGGCUGAAUCCCGGAAGCGACGGCGUUUGGAGGUGGAAAAUUUGGCCACAUUGCAUAAAUCGGAAAAUGGGUCGAGUUUGCGGAGGUCUCCGAAACUGGGUAGUAGUACUAGGAGCAACUCAGGGAAAUCCAAGAAUAAGAUUCUUGCUCCUGUAAAGCCGGUCUCGUCGGAGAAGAAGACCCAAAGUAGAAGACGCGGCGGCGGUGGUGGAAAUUGUUCACGGAAAUCACCAAGAUUGAAUCCGAAUUUGGUUACUGAAUUUCUUGAGUUACCGGCAACUACUGGAAAACGUGGCUCCGGUGGAAAUUGCUCAAGAAAAUUGCCAAGAUUAAAUCCUAAUUUGGGUUCUGAAUUUCUUGCAUUACCACCAGCGAUUGGGUCUGGAAGAAGAAAUGAUUCCGGAAAGGGUGUCACGCGUGGGAAAAAGCGGAGGAAUCGAACUGUGAAAAUGCAUGUGGUUACUGAGAAUGAAAACUUAAAUUUGAUUGAAUUUAGCAAUAACAAAGAUAGUGAUAACUGCUUAGCACCUGAAAUUCCAUCGCCGGAUGAAGGUUUGAGUCAUUACAGUUCGUCCCAGGUAGAGACUAACUUUGAAAGUCCAGGUACUUUGGAAAGAUAUCAUUCGGAGGAAAGAAAGUCCGCUGCUCCAGAAAAAUUGUCCGGUGAGAAGUGCUUGAGGUCUGGAAAAAUUGUGUAUUGUUUGACUGGCAGCGGAAGUGUUGAAAAUAAGUUGAGUCAGAUUAAGGCGGGCAACACAGAAAAUAAAGGGCAAUCUGUAAAUAAUUCAAAGAGUAAUAAAAGAAAGAGUAAGCCAAGGGCUGCUAGUUUCUUCAUUGGUCCACCAAUUCCAGAAGAAGAGGCUCAAGAUAGAUGGACUUGGCGUUAUGAACUGAAGAAACGUCAACCAAGGAAUAAGGGCUGGAUAUUAAAUCCUGGUGAAGAGGAUGAAAUAAUUUUGAACGUGGCGUUCCACUACGCACAGGCAAAUGUUGAUGGUAGUGUUUACAACAUAGGAGAUUGUGCAUACAUAAAGGGUGAAGGAAGGAAGCACCAUAUUGGCAGGAUCCUGGAAUUUUUCAAAACUGAAGAAGGAGAAGACUACUUUAGAGUCCAGUGGUUUUUUAGAGCCGAAGAUACAGUUAUGAAAGAGGAAGCUUGUUUUCAUAAUAAGAAGCGGAUAUUCUACUCAACUUUAAUGAACGACAAUCCACUUGAUUGCAUUAUGUCGAAACUCAGCAUUGUAGAAGUACCGCCUGCAGUGGGUCUUGAAUCAGAUACUGUACCACCCGCUGAUUUUUACUAUGACAUGGAGUAUUGUGUUGAAUAUUCAACAUUCCGCAACUUGCGAUCUUUUAAAUCCCUGACAUUCAAUGAUUCAUAUCCAUUUCAACCUGCUGUUCCUUAUCACACGCCUAAUACUUCUCCGUUGGAGGUAUUCACUGGGGCUGGUCCUCUCAAGGGAGCCUUGACCUUGCUGGAUCUCUUUGCUGGCUGUGGUGGAAUGUCAACUGGACUGUGUCUUGGUGCCAGGCUUUCCAAUAUAAAUCUUGUGACGAGAUGGGCAGUUGAUAUUGAGAAGUCUGCUUGCGACAGUCUCAAGUUAAAUCACCCUGAAACACAAGUCAGAAAUGCAUCUGCUGAGGAGUAUCUGGAACUCUUGAAAACGUGGGAGAAGUUAUGUCAAUGUUAUGUUUUCAAUAACUUAAAAGAAUUCCAUGAAGGUGGCACCGAUGACAGAAGAAGAGGCGGAAGCAGUAGAAAUUCAGAGUCGGAUCAUAAGGAUCCUGAUGAAGAAUAUGAAGUUUCUUCUUUAAUUGACAUAUGCUAUGGAGAUCCAAAUGAAACCGGAAAGUCUGGGGUUCAUUUCAAGGUUCGGUGGAAAGGAUAUGCUCCAGACGAUGAUACGUGGGAGCCAAUUGAAGGAUUGAGUAACUCUCAAGAAUGCAUACAGGAUUUUGUUCAAAAUGGAUUGAGAUCCAAAAUCUUGCCUUUACCUGGAGAAGUUGAUGUCAUCUGUGGGGGGCCUCCAUGCCAAGGCAUCAGUGGCUAUAAUCGGCAUCGGAAUAUGGACGAGCCUUUGACUGAUGAGAAGAAUCAACAGAUUGUGGUCUUUAUGGACAUAGUCGAGUUCUUAAAGCCCAAGUAUGUACUCAUGGAAAAUGUAGUUGAUAUCUUGAGACUGGGUGGUGGUUCUCUUGGAAGAUAUGCUUUAAGCCGUUUAGUGCAUAUGAAAUACCAAAGUAGGCUUGGGACAGUUGCAGCCGGCUGUUAUGGUCUUCCACAAUUCCGCUUGCGCGUUUUUAUCUGGGGGGCACUUCCCAAUGAGAAACUGCCGCCAUUUCCACUCCCCACGCAUGAUGUAGUCAUCAGAUAUUGGCCACCGCUAGAGUUUGAGAGGAAUACUGUGGCUUAUGAUGAAGGCCAGCUUCGGGAAGUUGAAGCAGCUCUUUUUCUCCGUGACGCAAUCUCUGACCUUCCACCUGUUACAAAUGAUGAAACUUGUGAGGUUAUGGAAUACGAGUCGCCUCCUGAGUCAGGGUUCCAAGAGUAUAUUAGACUGAGUAGAGAAGAGAUGCUGGGUUCUACUGCUAAUCAAAAUAACACAGCGAAAAAAAAGGUCCUCUAUGAUCAUAGACCCUAUCGGAUGAACGAGGAUAACUACCUGAGAGUUUGUCAAAUUCCUCACAAAAAGGGAGCGAAUUUCCGGGACCUCCCUGGGGUGAUUGUGGGCGAGGACAAUGUCGUGCGUCGUGAUACAACUGGAAACCAUCCUGUUCUACCUUCAGGGGAACCUUUUGUUCCGGAUUCUUCGUUGAACCUGUCUCAAGGGAGGUCUAGAAGGCCAUUUGGAAGGUUGUGGUGGGAUGAAACAGUCCCUACUGUAAUAACCUUUCCCCAUUGGAAGACCCUGGCUGUCUUACAUCCUGAGCAAGACCGGGUACUCACAAUACGCGAGUGCGCAAGGUUACAAGGGUUCCCAGACUUCUACAGGUUCUGUGGAUCUGUUAAGGACAGAUACAGUCAAGUAGGAAAUGCCGUAGCUAUUCCUGUUGGACGAGCAUUGGGAUACACGUUAGGACUGGCCUUCCAGAAGCUAAUAAGUGAUGAACAUCUGAUGACUUUACCUCCUAAUUUUUCCUUCCUCAGACCUCAGAACAAUGAAAUUGUUGCAUUGGAAAAUUGA